CAGACAGGUAAACCUCUGUAGUCUAUGCAAGCGAACACUCGUACUGUUUGAACAUUAAACUCAUGCUAAAGAUCUAUCUUGUGACAUGGAGUUAAAUGAGAACAAUCAAAGAGGAAAUGAUGGAUUCAGCAAUGUUGCCUUUCAGAAUGAUGAACCAGCUCAUAAUGAAUUUGCUAACAGUAAGGUCCUAAGUAAUGGAAGUCCUAAAAAGGAAGAUGUCGUUGUUAUUCAUCAGCUUGAUAUAUAUGAAAAUAACCUUUCUAAAUGGAGCUCUGAUGAAGAAAAUCUGGAAAAGAAAAGCUGGAUCGAAAGGAAAUAUGAUAAUGUGUGCUCUUUCUGUCAGAAACACAGAAGAUUAAUCAAGCAUAUAAUCUAUGGCAUUUUGCUGGCUGGUUUCCUAGCAAUGGUGAUCGCAGCCUGUGUUUUGAACUUCAGAAGGGCUCUGGCGUUGUUUGUAUUGACAUUACUGGGCAUUUUCUUUGUAUUCUGGGAUUUAUUUAUGGACAGAUAUGAAGGCAAGAUUGUUAAAUUGUUCUCCCCCAUUGGAACCUUUACAAAGAAACACUGGUUUUGGAUGAAAUGGGUGAUUUGGAUAAGCCUUGUAGCUGGUGUUAUAUGCUGGCUAAUUUUUGAUACAGCAAAAAUGGGAGCCAAUCAACUGAUAUCAUUUGGUGGACUUGUGAUGUAUGUGCUCUUAAUGUUCAUCUUUUCAAAGCAUCCUACCAAGGUUCGUUGGAGGCAAGUAUUUUGGGGUAUUGGCCUGCAGUUUCUUUUGGGACUUCUAAUUUUAAGAACAAAGCCAGGAUUUGAUGCCUUUGAUUGGCUUGGUAUACAAGUACAGACAUUUCUGGAAUAUUCAAAUACUGGUGCAAUGUUCGUAUUCGGUGAAAAAUAUCUUGAUCAUUUCUUUGCCUUUAAGGUUCUACCAAUUGUCAUCUUCUUCAGCACAAUUAUGUCCAUGCUUUAUUACAUGGGCUUCAUGCAAUGGCUCAUAAAAAAGGUUGGAUGGUUUAUGCAGAAAACAAUGGGAACAUCUCCAACAGAGUCACUUGUUGCAGCUGGAAACAUAUUUGUUGGUCAGACAGAAUCUCCCCUUUUGAUCAGACCAUAUUUAGAACUUCUAACAAGGUCUGAAAUCCAUGCGAUUAUGACGGCAGGCUUUGCUACAAUUGCAGGAAGUGUAUUAGGUGCCUAUAUCUCAUUUGGGGUUUCUUCUUCACAUUUACUAACUGCUUCUGUGAUGUCUGCCCCAGCUGCACUGGCUGUAUCCAAGCUUUUUUGGCCAGAAACAGAACCUAUAAAGGUCAACAUGAAACAUGGGAUGAAACUAGAAAAAGGGGAAGCUAGAAAUAUAUUAGAAGCUGCAAGUCAAGGUGCCUCUGCUUCGAUUCCUUUGGUAGCCAACAUUGCGGUGAACUUGAUGGCGUUUCUGUCGCUACUGGCUUUCUUCAAUGCAGCUCUUUCAUGGUUGGGCAAUAUGUUUGACUACCCACAGCUGAGCUUUGAGGUAAUAUGUUCCUAUGUCUUCAUGCCAUUUUCUUUCAUGAUGGGUGUGGACUGGGAAGACAGUUUCAUAGUUGGAAAACUUAUUGGAUACAAGACAUUUUUCAAUGAGUUUGUUGCUUAUGAAUACCUUGCUGGAUUGAUUAAUAAACGAAAGGAAAGCGGACCUAUGUAUAUCGAAGGAAUAAAGCAAUAUAUGUCAAUUCGGUCUGAAACAAUCGCAACAUAUGCCUUAUGUGGAUUCGCAAACUUUGGCUCCUUGGGAAUUACUAUUGGUGGCCUAAGCUCAAUGGCUCCCAGCAGGAAAGGUGACAUAGCAAGUGGUGCCAUUAGGGCUAUGAUCGCUGGCACAGUUGCUUGCUUUAUGACGGCUUGCAUUGCAGGGUUAUUAACCCAACCAGUCGAACAAUUCACAUGCAGAGAACUGUUGGAAAGUUCACUUCUCAACACAAGUUCACCAGUCAACUCAACAGAGGUAGUGGACUGCUGCGUGGGACUUUUCAAAUGGGUGGUUGCAGAUGGGCCCUCAAAUGUUACAAUUGGUGGAAAUCACAGCAUGAGCUUACUCAGCGGUUGUUGCCAACUGGUGCACUCUCCAUCCUUAAAUUGUAGUUGGUUUGUUCUACUCCAAUAGAAUGGACUUUUUUUUAUUAUGAUUGCAAUUGUAGGAGAGGAUCUACAGACAGACAGACAUUCUCUACAGUGAGAACAUAACAAUAGUAUUGUAAUUAGUAUUGCUCAUUUUUUUUUUACUUUUCUAAAAACCAUUGCAAUAAAAAUGCUCUAGUCUAGGGCAUUUAUUCUCAUUUUUUAUGUUUAUAUAAAUGAGAUCACAAAUAUCUAAAAACAAGUUUCUGUUAUGAGUAUGUUGCAUUUUAGAUGGAGAAAUGGUGAAGGAAAAUAAUCUUUCCAGCAUCAGUUUAUUUUCCUUCAUACAGAUUUUUACAAUGUGUGAAUAUUUCAAGACAACCCAUUAAAUUAAGUGUUUUGUUUAUAAGA